AUGGCCGUCCAUACGACCUCUCCGACACAGCAAAGCAACGCCUCUGACUCUGUCGAUGCCGUCGGCGCAACUCCUGCCCGCGAGGCCACGCUCGAGACGUCCCCGAAGAGAGCUUCCAAGCAAGCCAAGGCGGCGCGACAGGCGAAAAGGAGAAGCCAGGGCAAGGAAAAAUACUCUCGCCAUGUCUAUGAGGUUUCUUCCGUCAGCGAGGGGGACGAAAGCGUCCGCCAGAGCACCGCGUCGGAAUCGGACGAAGAAGCCGAAGUUAUUGGUCAAAUCAGAAUGCUGCAGGACCCCAUGAAACGGCUCCUCUAUAUCGGAGACUCGUCCACCCUUUCGUAUCUGCAGUUAAUCCGUAUGAUUGUUUUUAACACGACUGGGUCGUCUGCGUUUACAGACGAUCCCAGCCGACACCACAUCUUGGAGCCCGCUACAGCAACCUCUUCGAGUUCCAUGAUACAGUAUAUGCUGCCCAAUAGAGAUGUAUCGAAUUUCUUGGCUCAAUCUUAUUUUGUUAAUACCAAUGCUCUCAUAGAACUGUUUGAUCGAGCAACUUUUUAUCAGUAUCUAGAUGCAUGUUAUUCGACCCCAAUGGAGGUCAAUUCUUCGACACUUUGUUUGGUUUAUCUGACGUUGGCAAUUGGUUUUAUCCUUGCAACACCAGCCCCCAACAGCCCUGAGGAGCUGAUGAUGAAGAGUUUCCCAGAAGGGCCCGAAGGACGGGCUGAAGCCCUGUUUCGGGCUGCCAAGUGUCUUAGUGAUCCUCUGAAUGUGGCUGAACAUGCAGAUUUAUGGACGAUUCAGGCCUGGACACUGAUGGCGUUUUACAUGUUGAUUGUAUCGAAGCGCAACGCGGCAUACGCAUAUUGCGGAAUGGCUGUGCGCUCUGCGUAUUCUCUCGGUUUGCAUCGCAUCCGGGACACAAUGAUGAAGUUUGACGAUGAAACCGCAAGGCGCAACCUCUGGAGAAGUUUAUUUGUUCUAGACAGAUUUCUUGCUACGGCUCUCGGGCGCCCUGCUGCAAUAUGCGAGGAAGACUGCUCGAGUGAUGCGUUACAUUCGCCAGCAGCAGCCCAACAGGGAGAAGUCAUCAGGAGCGUUAACCUUGACGCGUCUGUGCGGAUUUCCAAGUCUAUCGGCACAAUGCUCAAGAAGGUUUACUCGGAACGAAAGAUUUCAACCAAGUUGGCUCAGGAGAUUGUCGACGACUGCCAGUUGUGGGCUUUUAACGGUGAUCCGUCCUUGGCAGCGCACGAUCUCCUCCACGGCAAGGCGCCGUCGGAAACGGGGAUCCCCAUUUUGCAUGUGCAGCUCCUUCAUUACCACUCAAUCCUUCUCCUAAGCAGGCCGUUUUUUAUUGAUCUUUUGGUGAAGACGCGGCCAACGAUCUCGAAUGAUGUGGAACCUUUCCAUCGAACAUUUACGAGAUCGGAGAAGUUUUCUCAGGCUUGCGUGGCGGCGUCGACUCACUCGGUGACGCUCAUUCAGGCGGCGUUUGAAGCAAAGUAUUUGCCGCAACGCAACCCUUUUAUCUUAUAUUUCCUUUUUGCGGCAGCCCUGAUCAUCUUGAGUAACGAGUUUGCUGGACUAUAUGAAAACGAGCAAUACGCCGACUCUAUGAGGAGCGCAAUCAAUAUUAUGGAAUACUGCGCCGUUGUAGACGUUCAAGCUCAAAGGAUGCUCUACAUUCUCAAGGCAUUCUUGGCAGACGUGGAGAAGCAUUUGAAAUCCUCGGUGCCAAACGAGCAAUCUGAGCCCGCCCUGCCAGAGUGCCACAUCGGUGACCCUGAGGAGGUUUUGCACACCAGAAGACAGAGCCUUAGUGCCCGACGCAACCACCACCAUCACCACCAGCCCUCUACCCCUAUUGGUGGAGGAUCUUCGUCCGAUGCGAUGGAAUACUAUCAUCACAUCGAGACCGAUGCUCGGCAAUCGAGCAUUCAUAUCCAGAGCAUGGGCCCCCUGGUGAUGAGAGGAGAGCGUGGCAUGCCUUCUGCCACCAGCCCCACGGUGCCGAGGCGCUCAAACGCCCCUCGCUCACUUUAUCGACGAGCAGAUCUCAUGCUCGUCAAGCCAGACGGCAUGGGAAUCGAACAAGAGUUUGAAGAAUUCGAUCAAAUCAGCCCCGCUGAUUUCCAGUCGCCCAUGGAUUCGGAGGAACCCAAAGUUUACACGCACGACUAUAACUCGGCGAUGAUGUCUCACGGAGAGCAAUCUGCUUUCCAGGCCCACGGAGGCGGCUUUAGGGGUUAUUCCGCCCCUGGCGCGAGUCGGGAGGCGGAGAGAGCUCACUUUGGCGGACAUUAUCUGUACGUCGAUGAGAAGUGA